CAUGUCCGCGCAACAAGGAUGGCGCAGAGGAAAGCGAGAAGAACGGUCGCGCAUACCGGAAAAGCAUCGGCAGCACGGAGCAAGGCGAGGCGAUGGAUCGCGCUCGCCCGAUCCGCAUCCGCGACAUGAAGGGUGGCGCGGCGGCGGGGAGCGCUCGCCCGAUCCGCAUCCGCGACGUGAAGGGUGGCGCGGCGGCGGGGAGCGCUUGUCCGAUCCGCAUCCGCGACGUGAAGGGUGGCACGGCGGCGGGGAGCGCUUGUCCGAUCCGCAUCCGCGACGUGAAGGGUGGCACGGCGGCGGGGAGCGCUUGCCCAAACUCCACCAGAGGCAUGAAGGAUGGCGUGAUGUCGGGUCCCGCUCGCCAUAUCUGCAUAGGCAGCGGGAAGGAAGACGUGAGGAGGAGUGACACUCGCCGUACGGUCGUCGGCAGCAUGGAGGAAGGUGGGAUGAGUGGUCACCAUCGCCAGAGAAGCAUUGGCGCGAGACUCGGCGGAAAGAAUGGGCGAGGGCGCACUACUCGCCAGAUCGGCAAGGGCGACGCACGGGAGGGCAGACGAGCCUGA